CAGCGGGGCUCUUCAGUGCGCUGUUUCGGCCUGUUUCGGCACUGGCCGGACAUUUUCGCCUCUUUGUUUUACUGAUAGUGGAUUUAACUCGGAUUCAACCCAAUAUCCAGCGGACCGCUCCGGCCAUAAACAGCUGUGUGAAGUGGAGCACAGGAUGCAGAGUUAACACCACCCUGUGUCUCGCAGAAGAAGCCCGGCUGCCAGACCCUCAGCAGUAGACACAUGGCGGCAUUAGGGAACCCCGAGAUGUUAACCAGGAAGAUUAAACUGUGGGACAUCAACGCCCACAUCACCUGUCGUCUGUGCGAGGGGUACCUGAUCGACGCCACCACCGUCACUGAGUGCUUACACACCUUCUGCAGGAGCUGUUUGGUGAAGUACCUAGAAGAGAACAACACGUGUCCCACAUGUCGGAUUGUCAUUCACCAGAGCCAUCCACUGCAGUACAUCGGCCAUGAUCGAACAAUGCAAGAUAUUGUCUAUAAGUUGGUGCCAGGACUGCAAGAAGCGGAGAUGAAGAAACAGAGAGAAUUUUAUCAGAAGUUAGGCAUGGAGGUGCCUGGAGACAUCAAAGGAGAGCUGUGUACUCUGAAAACCCACCUGGACUCGCAGCGCAAUGGUGACCUAAAAUCAGAAGAUCCAGCCAAUAAGGAAGCAGGAGAUGAGAAAGCAGAGGAGGACAAUGACUACCAUCGCAGUGAUGAGCAGGUGAGUAUCUGUCUGGAGUGUAACAGCAGUAAACUCAGAGGACUGAAGCGGAAGUGGAUUCGUUGUUCGGCUCAGGCGACCGUUCUCCAUCUCAAGAAGUUCAUCGCGAAGAAGCUAAACCUGACAUCUUUCAAUGAGCUGGACAUCUUAUGCAAUGAAGAAAUCUUGGGCAAGGACCAUACUUUGAAAUUUGUUGUGGUAACAAGAUGGAGAUUUAAGAAAUCCCCCCUCCUCCUUCAUUACAGACCCAAAAUGGAUCUGCUGUAGUUGGACAAAAACGCUUGGUUGUUUUGGCCCAGUGGCUGAGGACUGUGCUACAUGCUAUAUAUGCAGAGACCAUCAACGCCCACACCAAACAAACACCCGUCAACACAAUACGAGCCAGCAAACAACAAAACCAGCACAGCCACUGCGACACUGGCGGCUUUUGGGAACAACCGCUUUUCUCUGUUUGUUCGUCCGCUAUAUGUCCUAGAUAUGUGAAAAAUUGAGAGAAAGCAUAUAUUUAUACUUUUGUAUAGAUGAGAGAAGUGGAACCAAGACCCUAUUGGUGCGCUGUUUACACUAUUAAAACAAAAAAAGACAAAAAAAAAAAAAAAAAAAAAAAAAAGGCCAUGAGAAAAGGUUUAACAUUUUUUUUUGUACCAUUGGACUUUGUUCCCGCUUCAAUUAUGGGCAAAAAGAUGGUGCUCGGUGUCUGCCGUCCUCCGUGGAAGUGUCUACUUUUACACUGCUAACCAGAAGAGAGGAGGCGUCUCAAACUGACCGCUCUCUCUCAGGUCUUACCCAACACUUCUCGGGAGCGCAGAGCCUUUCUAAGCUUAUAUAAAGCAGUUUAUAUGAGUGUAUUAUUUCAGAGCAGUUUCUUUCUUUACUUUUCGGCGUCGCUACAAGUGGAAUUGUGAAUAGGCAAAUUUAUGUGUAGUAUUUAUGUUCUAUUUACCAAUAUUGUAUAUAAAAGUUGUUGGUGGAGAGAAGGGAUGAAAGAUGUAAUGAAAGUGUGUGUGUGUGUGUGUGUGAAAGAUUAAAAGGCUAGAAAAAUAGAGACGAUUAGAGUGGUUUUCCAAAAAUGCUGUAUUUUGGCCUGUGUUUAUGUGGAUACAUGGAAAAGACCUAAAUAUUCAGCUAAAUUCAAGGCAGAUUCCAUAUUGGGUGAAUCUCACUUAAUAUUUCCACCCCAAAAUCAAAAGGAAAAAAAAAAGAAAUUGUAUUUUGCCUUAAGGAAAUGAAGCUUGGAUUUGGGACUAUUAAGAUUUGUUUUUGCCACGAUUUUCUGGACAUUUACUCAAAUAACCUGCCUGAAUUCAGACAUUAUCAUAAUGCAUCUCUAUGUUUGUUUUGUUUGUUUUUUUCCUUAAUACGGAUUUGCAUUACUGCAAUACAGUAAAAAGUAUAUUACAGUAAACAUUAAGUGUAUUACAGUAAAAAAAUAAAUAUAUAUAAAUACAGCUUUUUAUAAUUUACAGCACAACAUUAAGUCAGAACAAUAUAUACAUCUUUGAUGUAUACAUUUUUUUUUUCCUAUAUGAGCAGUUUUAUAGAUUAAGAAAAUAAUGUCACAACGCAAAAAAGUCUUAAUUGUCAUGAAAGCAAUCUACUUUUUCUUAAAAAAUAAUUUAAUAAAUUAAUUAUAAUAAUUUUAUAAUUAUUAUUUUCUAAAUUAUUUUACAAACAAUAUAUACAUUUAGUUUUUCUUCUUUUUUCCAUGAGAUUUUGGGGUAAAAUAUGACCCAAGCAAUUUGACAAGAGUUAUGAAAUUCACUCAAUCAGUACAUCUCUUUUUAGUGGUGCAGACUUUUUAUGAUGCAAAAGCUUAUAUUUCGGUUCUCUUUAAUUAAGGAUGAUUUUUAAGUGUCUAAUUAAAUGCAUCGGUGAUUAAAAUCGAUUUUUCGAACAGGAAAGGUGCUUUUUAUCAUUUGAUCCUCCCAAAUUUUAAUUUGCAGCUCUAGAAUCAUUAGGGAUGCGUGAGGAUGAAUCCUUAGUAUGUUAAUAUCAUAACUUACUCUCAUAAACAGCCAACCCCUAUUAUACACGUACGUCCCAUCAUAUAAUCCCACAGCCUCAAUGUCAUAUAUGCAAUGCAUUACCAUUUAAUUGAAGAUGAAACAUUCAGUCCUUACAAUGACGUGAUGUCAGUUCUCUGCUCCUCCGCAGUACGAAUGUAACCCAGAAGUAACCGUCCAUAUGUAUUGUACAGGUAUUUGUUUUAUCACUGUCUUUAGUGCCAAAGGCUUCAUACUCCCUCCUGACUUCACUCUGCUACGGAUGGCAAGCUGCAUGAAUGGCAGAAUACGAAAAGCGUUUGACCUUAACUGAUUUAAUAUAGAGGAUUACGGCAAAUUUAAAUCAGAGUAUGAUUUUUUUGGGAUAGGUUGGUAAAAAAUUGGCUGGUUUUUGAAAUCGAUUGUUGAAUUAAUUUAUUUUUUUAGUGAACCCUCAAUGAAGGUCGUUUUUAUUUCCAUUGUGGCAGGCAAACUGCUUCUAGUAGAUCAAACAUUAAAGGGCUCUUAUUAGAUUUCUAAUGUAAAUGUGUUUGAAAUCUUUCUUAAAGAGCGAAUUGACUUUUUAUAUCCAAAUAUUUACUUAAAAGGUCUGUUUUUACUUUAAAACAAUCCACUAUAGCGGUCAACUUUUACACGGGUAAAUGCCAGACUAGCUUGACCAAAUCUCUCUGGAUUUUAUUUUGAAGUUAUUCCACAACAGAUUUUUACCCAUGAGUUUCGCUGUCUUAUAAUGUGAAUUAUCUCAGUAUGCGUUCUGUUUUCAGCUUCACUGCAUAUUGUUUGGCUUUAUUGCAUCACCGAUACGCUCUUGUAAAGAGGAUGAUGUCAUGAUGGUUUAGAUAUUGCAUUCUUGUACGUAUCAGCCAUUUCAUGCAAACAUUGAAAUGGCUAGCGUUCCAAACACAGACUGCAGGUUUAUUCCUAGUAAUGAAAAUGCAACAAAUGCAUGAUUUUUUUUUUUUUUUAAUUAUUAUUAUUUUUUUAAUUUAAUGCGUUUAAUGCAUUUUUUGAGGUCAUUGCCAUGCUGAAGGCUGGUGUUCGCUGGUGUUUCUCCCAUUUGAGCCAAUAACUGGUGCUAAUGUUUUGUACCUUUUAAAAAUAAACCGAACUUAACAUGGUGCAGACCCGGGCCGAGUUUUAAAAUACCUGUAUAGCUUUUUUUUAAAAAAAUGUUUGGUGCUCUCAGGUCUUGUAAAACUUGUUUUUACAGACUUGUCUUUGAGGAAAGUUGGUUAUAGAUGCAUGGAUUUUCUUUUACUCAAAUGGCAAAAUAACACCAUCGUUGUGAUUAAAGAACACUGGCAUUUAGAGUAAAGACCUGCCGUACAUCAUUUCCACAGCUUUGCUCGAUCAUCCCAGGAUUGGAACAUUUGAACAUUGUUUUGCCAUUACUCUGUACUCUGUAAACCUCUAUCACAAAUCUCUAUGCGGUUGUUCCAUUUUUGGCAAAGAAGGAAAGUCAGAAGACAGGUUUUUUGUUUGAUUUUGUUUUGCUGUAGUAUUUUUUAAAUUGGCACGCAGUUCCACUCUCCAAGGGCCUUACUGUGUAUGAGAGGUGUGUUAGCGCUAGAUUCGCUAUACUGUGCAGUAUUUGGAUGGAUCGAUGCUCGGGCCAUGUUAUCAGGCUUGCAUUGAGACAUCAGCGCUAUUUCACUUGACAGGCAGGUUGUAAGAAGCUUACUAGAGACCUGCUUUACUGCUUUUGAAGCUGUGGACUGUGUCCGGACUGAAGUUGCCAAGACUGGAGGCUGGUGGUCUUAUCAUUUCCGUUUGCUAGUUUUUUUUUUUGUGUGUGGCCCUGCGACAAUGGUGCUCCAUGACUGACUUUGAAAUUCGAAACUGAGCUACAAAUCUGGUAGAUGAUAUCGGAGAAUGAUUCUUGGGUGAAUCUCAGGAAAUUAUCUGUAACACAUCGGUGUUGUAUUUCACCCUAAAUAAAAAAAUUUGCUUAAUUGUUUUGCUAAGCCGAGUUCACCCCCACCCCCCCCCCCCAAUAAAAACUCUAGUGAAUUAGUGAACUAUCCCUUGGUCAAAGAAUAGGGUUCAUUUUUUUUUUGGAGGUGAAAUGUGACCUAGACAUGUAGUUUUUACGAUUCACCUUUUUGUGACAACAGAAAAUAUUUCAAUGAAACAAAAACUACCCAUUUCUUCAUUGUGCAAGAUUUCAGCUGCGCUGGAAAGCACUUCUUAUUUAUUGACUUUUGAAAAGCUUACAGCAGCCCUAAAAGGGCACCAUUUCGGUUUAUUUCUCAUUCUGUAUAUCAUCUCUCUCCAGUCACUCUCUGGAUUGCCUGUCCUCUGAGUCAUCUGCCGUGAUUGUAUUCUCACUAGAGCAGUGUGUUUAAAGAGCACUCUGCGUUAAGGUCUGAGAGUCUGUAAAAUCAGACUAUGAGGCCGACACACAGAAACCGCAAUCCUGUCCUAAUAGGGUUUCGGCUUUUCUAAGGUUGUGUUGAUUUGAGCUACUAUGAUUGGUCAGUUUUUGGGUUCCAUUGAUUAUGAGCUUGAUUUGGCCAGUGGUUGCCAGGUAUGUCACUGUAAGUAUUGUUUGCUGUCAGUAAAAAGCAUUGCAACAUCCCUGUAAGAUAACUGUCUUAAUUGGCAGCAGGAGCUUGUUUUGGCAGCCGUUUUUCGAUAUUAUUUGCAGUCUGUGUAUUGUAUUUAUAUGGUUUAUUUGAAGAAACCAACCUUCAAGGUGGCAACUCCAAAUGAGCCAUAUAUAUUUAUCACACUUCUCACCCCCCCCCCCUCUUUAAAUGUUAUUUAUUUAUACUGUAAAGACUGAAGUGAUCUGAAAUAUAUAACGUGUCAAGAUUUGCCGCCUCUCAUCAAUAUCUUUAUCUGUACAUUGACUGAUUGAUAUAUACAGGAUUUGAACAUGUCACUUAAGCAUUAUAUCCCUUUUCCUUCCCUGUCAUUCAGCAUAUAGUCUUAUCCAUGUAUGCGCUUUGUGUAUAAAGAAGCUGUAAAUUCAUUUUAAGGUUGUGGUGGGACUGGGAAAAAGCAUUCAGACUGGGUCGUGAAAAAAAAAAAGUGCAAUAUAUGUCUCUCAGAUGGUUCUUGGUUUCAGCUCUGGAAGCUUCAUUCGAUUUAUAUCUGUUCGUUAGGUGCUCAGGUCACAGAUAGAGUCCAUACAGUUCUCAUCCCUCUGAUUCUACGGGUGCCUGCUUGGCUCAAUUCACACUAAUGUUCCAUACAUAGCACAUUGUUUUCCUCAACUUUUUUUUUUCUUUUUGUAACAGCUAUGUUUCUUUUAGUGGUAAAAUAUUGACAUUUAAUAGUGUCCUUUUCCUUGUCUGUUUUUUUAUUUUUCUGGCAUAAUGAUUAUUUAUUGCACAUGGUUUCCAUAGUCACACAAAGGAGUUUUGUUUAAACUGGGCUGGAGUUUCUUACAAUUUUAUGGAAGCUUUUGUUGAAAUUUUGAAAGUGUGUAUUUCAUGAAUAAAUGCCUUAAAAAGAA